GUCUCGUCCUUGACUAGACGCACUGGCGGAAGCAGCAGAGCGGUGUUUUCCGUAGUCAUCGUUGGCUAACAGAUACAUAUCCACACAAAGAAACUUUCUUAUAGUCCUUAUUUUUUUUUAGUACAUUUCCCACUGUUUGGCUAAGAUGCCGCUGGAGAACCUGGAAGAAGAGGGUCUGCCCAAGAACCCCGAUCUGAGGAUAGCACAGCUCAAGUUUCUGCUGACGAUGGAUGGUCACCGACAGGACGCUAAAGUGAAGACGGAGCUCAUGGACGCUAUCAAAGCCAACAACAUGGCACCGUACUAUGAGGGCCUGUGCAAGGAGCUCAAGUGGCAGCUAGACAGUGACUUACUGAGCAAAAUGAAAAAGGCCAAUGAAGAGGAGCUGAAACGCCUGGACGACGUCCUGGAAGAUGCGGAGAAGAACCUGGGAGAGAGCGAGAUACGGGACGCCAUGAUGGCCAAAGCUGAAUAUCUCAUCAGAAUCGGGGACAAGGAGGGAGCCCUGACAGCCUUCAGGAAGACUUAUGACAAGACGGUGGCUCUGGGUCACAGACUAGAUAUUGUGUUUUACCUGCUGAGAAUCGGCCUCUUCUACAUGGAUAGUGACCUCAUCACACGCAACUCUGAGAAAGCCAAGAGCCUUAUCGAGGAGGGCGGCGACUGGGACAGGAGGAAUCGUCUGAAGGUCUACCAGGGCCUGUACUGCGUGGCCAUCAGGGACUUCAAGCAGGCCGCCGAGCUCUUCCUUGACACCGUCUCCACCUUCACCUCCUACGAACUCAUGGACUACAAGACCUUUGUCACCUACACAGUCUACGUCUGUAUGAUUGCCCUCAAGAGGCCUGACCUCCGCGAAAAGGUGAUAAAGGGAGCCGAGAUCUUGGAGGUUCUCCACAGUCUGCCUGCUGUUCGCCAGUAUCUCUUCUCCCUCUAUGAAUGCCGCUACUCUGUCUUCUUCCAGUCCCUGGCCAUGGUGGAGCAGGAGAUGAAGAAGGACUGGCUGUUUGCCCCACACUACCGCUACUAUGUGAGGGAGAUGAGGAUUCAGGCGUACAGCCAGCUGCUGGAGUCUUACCGCUCACUCACCCUGGGCUACAUGGCCGAGGCUUUCGGCGUCAGCACAGAGUUCAUUGACCAGGAACUCUCCCGAUUCAUAGCCGCCGGUCGUCUCCAUUGUAAAAUUGACAAAGUAAACGAGAUUGUGGAAACCAAUAGACCUGACAGCAAGAACUGGCAGUACCAGGAGACCAUCAAGAAGGGUGACCUGUUGCUGAACAGAGUGCAGAAGUUGUCACGAGUAAUCAACAUGUAACUAUUGGAGGCCAUAAUUUCUCUCUGAUCAUUGCAAGGCAGAAGUGCAUGACUUUUCUCGUUGUAUCCUCUAUCCAAACCAAUAGUUUGUCUGACAAAGUGACCCUUAUAUUGUGUACAUAAUAAAAAGUGUUUUCUUUGACUGUU